AUGAGAAAACAAAAACAAAAAAGAGGUUCCCUCCUCCUAGCCUCGUUGUCGUGGGCGCUGCCCGCUUGCACUCCACCGUCAUUAUGUGAAGUGCAAGCGGGAGAAAGAGCAAUCCACAACCCCAAGGCCAACGACGGCGGCGGCUUGUGGGACAACGAACUACUCUCGGAGUUGAUAUUCUUCGACGAGGAGACGGGAAAGGGAGUCUGGGCGGCUGCGGCAGAGGUCAUCCACAUGGCCGGCGAGGAGCCCGCGGCAGCGGCAGCUGCUGCUGCUGCUGGUGGCGGUGGGAUUCCGAAAGGUCACCCCGCCGCAGAAGUCCAUCAAGGCCACACCGCCGCAGAAGUCCAUCAAUCCCAACGACACACGCGUCUCGCCCGGCAGCGGGGGCGGGAUUGGCCGCGGCAAGCGCCACAGCAGUGGCAGCGGUCCCUGGGAAAAGACCAACACGGGUGCAGUGGGUGGCACUCAGACGCCGUCUGACGGUGGGGAGGGGGACAGGGCCGAGGGGCGACGGAAGACCAAGGGACGCGGCGAGGAGCCCGGGGCAGCGGCAGCAGCAGCUGCUGCUGGUGGCGGUGGGAUUCCUGCGUCCAUCCCAAGCGAGAUUCCAAAACGUGAGGAGAGGGAGGAGUGGACGUGCAUCUCAGUGAGUGCUGCAUCGGUCAUCGUACGUUGUGUGGGUGUCUGUUCAGCUCUGUGUGACGUGCUCCGUCGCUACAACCUGACCGACAUGAUCAUGACGCCGGAUAUCGUCACCUACAUCAGCCCAAUGGUCAGCGAGCCGCGAGACCCUCACACAGAUCAGAUCAAUGCUCACACGUACACACAGACAGAUGACCGGUCUGUCUGUCUGUCUGUCUGUCUGUAUGUGUGCAGACCAUCAGCGACCUGGAGGACUUCAUCGACGGCAACCUCGACGCCAGCCUGGACCCGGAGAUCCGCAAGGAGAUCGCCAGAGCCCUCAACGUCGCACUACAGCAAUCUCACCCGCAGCACAACAAUGGUAUGCACUCCACGCGUCACACCAACACUCCACCAGCACGGCGCACACACACACAUCCUGCCGUCUCCCUCCCUCUUCUGUAGACAUCGCCUCCGGCCCUUCCACUGACUCCUUGACGGACCAGCAGCCCGGCCCCUCUCCAUCGGCCGCCCCUUCGUCAGGCACCAACAGCCCCAGGGUAAGAAUCGAGACCUCACGCACACACACGACCAACACACCUCUCUUCUCCCAUGUGUCUGUGUGUCAGGGUCGCAAGGGCAGCAGCGGUGAGGUCGAUGAGCCAUCCCCGCAGGCCGACGAGGACUUCCAGGAGCCCAAGGCAGCCGGCAAGAAGUCCCCCACAGGCACCGGUGCGGGUAGUGGCGAGAUGGUCGACUCUGUGUCCAAGGGCACCACGCCCGUGGGCGCCAACACCAAUCGCGAGGCCUCCAGCCGCCUCAAGUCGAUCCUCAGUGUGGGCAAGGAGGAGCAGCCAGCUUCAGUGGGCGAGAAGGAGGGGAAGCCCGUGCGAGAGGCAGCGCCGUGUUCGUGAGGAGGAGGAGAAGCGGGAGCUGCCGCGGCUGCAGGGACCCAACUCGUAUGCGUCAACUGUGGUGAGGGAGGGAGGGAGGGAGGGAGACACACACACAGACGUGUGUCUGAGAGAGUCAUGUGUGUGCGUGUGCAGGGCGGGAAUGUCUAUGGCAUGGAUCGUGAGCAGGGAUUCAGUGCAGUUGGGGGAGUGGGUGAAGAGAAAGAGCCGCUAGAUAGAACACACGCUUGUCGCCUUCCUGCACUCCUUUGCUCAGGCCGUGACUGCGACAGCGACCAAGAUGGCAACAAGCUGGCGGUGGGUGAGAGCUCAUGGGUCGCGUCCGUGAAGAAGACCAAGGAUGAGCAGUAAGUUUGCAUGACACACAGUAUACAACACAGCACACUGUAACACGACGUCGUUCUGUCUGUCUGUCCGUCUGUCUGUCUGCCUGUGCAGGGACAAGUCUGAGAAGGUGUUGCGUGCGUUGAAGGAAAUUUUGAACGACCUGACCAUCGAAAACUUCGACCAGCUCUAUCAACGGGUGGCUGACGUCAUGCAGCGCUACCACCUGAGCAACACGCUCAUUUCGCCGGACACCCUCACCUACGUCAGCUCAUUGGUCAGGGAUACGCAAGACCCACGCACACGUAUCAAUGCUCACACGUUCAGACAGAUGGCCGGUCUGUCUGUAUGUGUGCAGACCAUCAGCGACCUGGAGGAGUUCAUCAACAGCAACGUCGCCACCCCGGUAGCCGCGUGGAAAUCGGAGAUCGCCAGAGCACCCCACGACGCACUGGAGCAAACUCACCAGCAGGACAACAAUGGUACGCACCGGAUUCCACGCGUCACACCGACACACCACCAGCACGGCGCACACACACAUCCUGCCGUCUCCCUCUUCUGCAGAUAUACCCUCCCCUCUGCUGUUAUUCCGCACCGACCUUGGACUAUGUCUCUCUUGAAGGAGGUGGGACGCACUUGUCACCCUCUCACCAAGCUGACAAGUAUAUGAGGCAUGUGAGCGUGUGCUGUGUGGUGUGUUGUAUGUGUGUGUAGGGUCAGCUGUGACGAUUGGCUGA